AUGGCGCCAGUUAUCACCAACACGAACUUUGACGUCCUCCCAGACGAGCCAUUCACCCUGUAUCUCAUUGGCUGCGACCAAGGCUGCACGAUCGUGCUUUUGAGCGGGCCCUCUAAAGACCUAGAAGAUGUUGAAACUCUUACGAAGGAUGCUAAAGACAGUUUCACCUUUACAUUCAAGCAGGAUGAGUUUCCUUCCGGUGUUUAUGCUUUCAAAGUAAUCGACAAUGAUAGUGGCGACUUCAACUAUAGCGCCCAGUGGGCCUGGGAGGGCUCGGACAACUACCCAACCACUUUCAUCUACCCAAGCCGCUUCAUCUUCCCAACCAACUUCAUCUGCCCGACCAGCUUCAUCUACCGAACCAGCUUCAUCUACCGAACCGGCUUCAUCUUCCGAACCAGCUUCAUCUACCGAACCGGCUUCAUCUUCCCAACCAGCUUCAUCUUCCCAACCAGCUUACAAGUCGCGAAGCAAGGGACAACCUCCUCCCUUACUUCAUCCGGCAUUUCUCAAGCGGUCAUUACGCAACCCUCCAGCUCCUUGACGGUCCCAGAGGACACCAUCGCAUCAGCUACUCAGAGCUCGAGUUCAGGGGCAGCGGGCCUUGGCCCAGGUCCGCUGGCCGGGAUAGCGGUUGGAGUGGUAGCUGCUGUCGUCUUCAUUCUCCUUGGAUUGUUUUUGUGGUGGCGAAGAAGGAGACAAAGGGCUCGGAGCAACAAUUCCACCUCAACGAACGAUUUGCAGGGACGUAUCUCCGAACUGGAGCAACCAAAGAAUCCCGAGAUGCUGGUUGUGGCCGAGUCACCAGCUGAGCUGCGCGGCUCUACGCCGCGACCCCCCGUGACCGAAAUGGCGGACACGGCCCGAUCAUCAGAGGUCCAAGCGAAGGAGAUUGAAGACAACAAAGUCCUGCAGGACUCCCCUAGAGUAACUUCUUCAGAGUUACCUGGAGAAACAAAACAACUAGGGUCUGAACUCUCUACCGAGAAGGCACCCCACGAGAUGGACAGCACCCAACAGCCUAAGGAGCCCUCUGUCGCUCUACAGACGCAAUCCACGCCUCCAACCCAGCAGCACCCUCGAAUUCUUCCUCAGUCGCCUUCCUUAUCGAUUACAUCUCCUGAUACGGGGGUCUCUAUUCUACCGAGUUCAUUAGGCGGAGCUGGCUCACCGUCAGAAGCUGACACCAUAUCGCCAGUGUCUCCGUCAUCAGACGCAGACAAUACUCAAACACGAGCAUCUCUAAUGGACAAGUACGCCCAGUUGGAGGCACGGAAACGGCGACUUUUAGAGUUGAAGCAGAUUGAAGAGGAACAAGCGGACUUGGAGGCAAAGCUUCGAGCUACUGCAGAUUAG